AUGGAUGAGGGAUCAGAUAAGGCCCCUCGGCGCAAGAGGGUCUCCCGAGCUUGCGAUCGCUGUCGCAGUAAGAAAGAUAAAUGUGACGGCAUUCGUCCCACUUGUUCCGCCUGUCAGGUAUCGGGCCAGUCCUGCUCCUACGACCCCCAUGCGAAGAAACGCGGUCUCCCCGAGGGUUACGUCCGUGGCUUGGAAAAGCUGUGGGCGCUGUCGAUCUGUAACAUUGAGGGAUUCGAGGAUACCAUGCUGGCCAUGCUAGGAAACACUGCCGAGUCCGCCGGUCGUCGCGAGAAAUUGAUGUCCGUGUGGUCGGAUGAUAGUGCUUCGGAAAGUCUACACGAAUCUUGGAAAACGAGCCGGCUGUUCGGCGCCCUGGAGAAAAUGCUCUCUAAUUCUGAUACGCCGGGACCGACGACUGGGAAGAGAUCGCGUAAUCCGCAAGAUGAUGGCGCCGACGGUCAAUGGGGGUAUCGAGUAGCUCGCACUUCCACCCCGCUCGGUCCGGGUGCCCCGCGUGUAGUUGAGCCCUUUGCCGUAUCGCCGGGUGUCAAGCGGGCUCGACUAUCCGAAGAUUCGAAUGGUCGGGGUGUCGCUGGACCCAGUCCCCAUACGCUGCAGUUGCCGCCUCAGACGUCGCAGCUGCUCGAUAUUUACUUUGCGGUCACGCAUUCAUGGUUUCCCGUGGUGACCAAGCAUAAUAUUCUUCGCGCUUCCUACCUUUAUGCCAAUGCCCCUUUCUCUAUUGCCACAGCUUCACCUGGGUCUGGCGAUCAUGCCGCCCUGUGGGCUAUCAUGAGUUACACUAUCACCCAAUCGCGAACAAAUUCACGGGCCGGCCCCGCUGGAACAGUUGCCCUGGCGAAGGAAUACUAUGCCGUCUCGCGGAAUCUCAUCCCCAUGGAGAAAGAGCGUUAUGAACCCGGCCAUAUCCAGGCAUUGCUGCUGCUGACCUUGGUUAACAUGGGUCUCGAGGAUUGGACCGCGGCUUGGCUGUUGAGCGGACAAGCCGUGCGCAUGGCGGUUGCCAUGGGUGUUGGAUAUGUGUCCGACAGCCGGCGGUCUGAUGAGCUUAGACAAGGUAAGGCGGUCUUCUUAGGAUGCUUUGUGGUUGAUUCAUUGCUCUCUUUCCGCCUUUCACGGAGCCCAGCCAUGCCUCCAAGCGACCUUACUGCGGUGGGCCUUUUGGAAGAGGAUGGAUUGGAGGAGUGGAACUCCUGGGUGGACGUUUUACCACCCACGGGUGCUCCACAGGGGAGCAAGAACCCGCCGCGCCGGGGACCACUCUUGGCCUUGAGCUGCUUUAACCGCUUGGUUGAGUUGGCGAGCGUUCUCAAUAAGAUCUCUCGCCAUAUGUCUUCGGGAUACAAUAUGGCCACCUUUGCGCAUCAGUUGGUCAUGGAGCUUAAGCAGUGGGAUGACUGCCUACCUCUGGGAUGCCGUCUGAUUGGACCAGAAAGCAUAUAUCCAGAACGGCAUUCAGCCCUGCUUCCCCAUCAGAGUUACCUAGGGCUAACCUAUGUUGCCACCCUGCUUUGGCUCUAUCUGCAAUUGAUUCCGGGUGAGCAAGGGUUGCACCGUUCACAGCGUCCAGCCACAGAGGGGGCCAAGAAGCUCCUCUACCGAGGGCUCUCUAUGCUCACCCAACACUUGGAGAACUUCUCUAUUUGCGGUUGUCCACCGCUGUUUGAGCUAAGUCUUCGCACAAUUGCCGAGCAAACGUUAAGACUUCGGACUACUGCCGACUCAUCGGACACUUUCCCCUUUGCCAGGUGGGCAGACGAGUUCCGACACAAAACGGCAGCUUUAACCUCCACAUGGCCAGCAUAUGGAUCUUUGGUUUCCGCCAUGGAGAGGUGGCAGCACCCAAAGGAUGCUAUUGGCGGACCAUCCAAUUUCCCAGGGGCAGUCGGCCUUCCAUUUUCGGGUGCACCCAUGGCAGGCUCCAUCCAAUCCCUAGGUAGAGCUCGCAGCCUACCCCAAAACGGCGAAGGAGAUUACAACUCUUCUAUUCUUGGCAUCAGUAUGCCAGUCGACGGGCAAUCCUUGACCCCAAAAGACACAGUAAUGGAAAACACGGAUCUAGGCAUGAUGGAUGUUUCACUACACCACCCAAGGGAAGUACAGUCAGUCCUACCGGACAAGAUCACACCACGCAGCAGGGCAGAUUCCGUGUAUGGCACAGGUAGCGCGCAACAUCAGCAACAACCACAACCACAAACUCCCGACUCGACAAGCUCAAACCCAAUGAUGCCUGGAAACGUCACUUCCGUCGGCGACAUCGAUGCUAUCUUCAAAGACCUCGCGUACCUGGAUACCACUGAAUGGUCCACGAACCGCGAGGCUGGUCUGAAGGAUUUCGGCUUCUUGGACGAGAGCACGUUCCAGGCUUUCUGUCAUGACCCAGAUCGCUUGGGCGGAUCACAACCACUGGUGCACCCACCUUCUAUAGCGGAUAUCUGGCCGCCACCUGGGUUCUUCCCAGAGACGUUCCAGGAGGUCCCCGAGGAGUCUAUGGCCGGCUGA